AUGUGUCCUGAGGCAAAUCAGGGCAGCAAUCACGGACUCUCUGAAUUUGGUUUGAGUACGAAUGGCGUUACAUAUGAUGACACUGAUUCAGAUAAUAUGAAGAAAUUGAAGAAGCAUCAUAUGAUUCAGAUGAAAUCUAUGCUGACUGUGAUUCCUAUGAUUGCUGAUGCUUACUUGAACAACGAUGAUGCUGAACUGGGUAUGGAUAUUGGGUGCAAAUACAAGUUCAAAACUAACAAGGGUGAAAGCCAUGAAAUCAACCAUCACUCUAGCAUAGGUUGGGAGUUAGUGUGUGAAUAUCGUUUACUAGACGUUUUGGCGCAACACAUUCAAUCUCAGGUUUCCAAAGCAUGA